AUGCAGGCCCUCAGGUCUUCGGUGCUUCGACAAGCCACGAGAGGCUACGCGACAGUCUCCGCCAGCUCACAGUAUCAAGCUACCAUUCCCAAUUUACGAAUCAAUGCAGACACCAAGGUUCUCUUCCAGGGGUUUACAGGUAAACAAGGAACAUUUCACGCCCAGCAAGCAAUCGAUUAUGGCACCAAGGUCGUUGGCGGAACAAACCCCAAAAAGGCCGGGUCGACACAUCUGAGUCUUCCUGUGUUCAAGUCUGUGAGCGAAGGAGUAAAAGCUACCGGGGCAGAUGCGAGCAUUAUCUUCGUUCCUCCGCCUUUCGCAGCCGCUGGAAUCGAGGAAGCUGUAGAAGCAGAGAUUCCUCUCGUUGUCUGUAUCACCGAGGGCAUUCCCCAGCAUGAUAUGGUUCGGAUCACCAACUUGUUGAAAACACAGAACAAAACACGUCUUGUGGGCCCGAAUUGCCCCGGAAUCAUCGCGAGCGGCCAAUGCAAGAUCGGAAUCAUGCCUGGCUUCAUCCACAAACGAGGAAGAGUCGGUAUCGUUUCCAGAUCGGGAACACUGACAUACGAAGCUGUGAAUCAGACUACACAGGCCGGACUCGGUCAGUCAUUGGUUGUGGGCAUCGGUGGUGAUCCGUUCAGCGGCACCAACUUCAUCGACUGCUUGAAAGUGUUCAUGGACGACGAAGAAACGGAAGGCAUCAUCAUGAUCGGCGAAAUCGGAGGGAGUGCCGAGGAAGAUGCGGCCGACUACUUGAAGAGCGAGAACAAGAAGAACAAGCCCGUGGUCAGCUUCAUUGCCGGGAUCAGUGCGCCGCCGGGACGACGAAUGGGUCACGCCGGUGCUAUCAUCAGCGGUGGCAAGGGAGGGGCCGACUCCAAGAUCGCUGCACUGGAAGCCGCUGGAGUGGUUGUGGAACGAAGUCCAGCUGCGUUGGGCAAGACUCUGCAUGCCCAGUUUGUCAACCGUGAUCUCAUUUGA